UGGUUCCGCCAUACCCGACAGGACCUGAACGCAGCAUCUUGCCAGGGGCGGGUAGACGCUAACUGUGCAGUAUGGCGGACGAUGGAGACAGUUCGAGCGGACCCGUUGACACAAGCGGCGGGCAGGGGGCAGCGGAGGAGUCAGAAGGGCUCGGUUUAGGCGGAAUGUUGCUGAAUAUAAGCAUUUUGGUUCUGGUGGUGGCGGUUUGUUUGGUAGUGUACCGGCGGUGGGGCAAGAAGCUCGGCUCGGACGCGGCCCAUGGCGACGAGGCCUCGGCUCUUCCCAAAAUGAGAAGACGGGACUUCACUUUGGAGCAGCUGCGGGAGUACGACGGACUACAGAACCCCCGUAUCCUCAUGGCUGUCAACAUGAAAGUUUUUGACGUGACUAGUGGCAAAAAGUUUUACGGUAAAGAUGGUCCUUACGGCAUUUUCGCGGGCCGGGAUGCUUCAAGGGGUCUGGCCACCUUCUGCCUGGAGAAAGAUGCCUUGAGGGACGAGUACGAUGACUUGUCAGACCUCAGCGCUGUACAGAUGGAGAGUGUGAGAGAGUGGGAGAUGCAGUUCAUGGAAAAAUACGAUUAUGUCGGGAGGUUGCUGAAGCCUGGAGACGAGCCGUCGGAGUACACAGAUGAAGAAGACAUCAAGGACCACCUGAAACACGAAUGAGCAGUCCCAUCACACCAACCAAAGCCAGAAGCCCCAAACAGCUGUGACAGACCGUCCCAGACCUUCUCUUCUACCUACCCCAUCAAUAUACCCUUCACUCCUGCCCCACGACCCGAACUUCUCACCUCCCCACUAAAUCUGUCUGGUGCUGCGGCUGUUUUUGAAGGGCAGGACUUGAGUCUGGUCGGCCAGACCUCCCUCCCUCUUCAUCCUGUGAAGACCACCACCAACCGAAAGCGAUCAGGAACCUUCGACAAGGACAGCUAACAUGUCUGGGGAUGGAGACGGCUUGUGCCACUAGAUGUACGUCAAAUAAAACCCUAAAAUAUCUAAAGUCAUUUCUCCAGGUGGGGAAAGUUUGCUCACCACAGGCUGUCGGGUGGAGGUUGGUCAGGAGUAGUCGGGAGAAACGCAUUGGUCUGAGAUGAUCAGUGGACCGGGAUGGGGAAACAGAUUUCUCUCUCUUUUUAUCUUUGGUUUAGUCACAUCGCAACUGAAACUGCUUCAGCUUUGGAACGCUUAUCAAUCAAUCAAUCAAUCAUUUCUGUUUUUGUUCGGAUCGUUAUCCCCCCUCCCUUGAUAAGAGGGCAAUUCUGUGGCCUAACCAAAGGCAAAUGGCGGGGCGUCGCAUUUUCCUAUUGUGUUUGUAGUGUAUGCACUACUAGUUUUCUUUGUUUGUCACCAUGUGAUUGUAAUUGUUCAGUAGCAUAGAGGGGUUUGAGCAUGUGGGAGGGAUUUAUUUCUUUUAGUUUCUUUUUUUUUUUUUUUUUUUGGAUGGGGUUGGGAGGGGAAGGGGUCAAAGGUCCUUGCCAUAUACAAAGUUUUGAAUUUCAUCAGAUGGACUAAAUCAGUGAUUGGGAACACAAAGGGAAGGUGAUAAGGCAGUCCUAAUCAAUCGACUCAAUUGUUUACAUGCCUCACAAGCCAGCUGCAAGUCUGUAGAUUUCCCCAAAAAUGGUCCAAGUAUUAACUGUGCCUUAUUUUGUCUGCUGUGUCAGUGCUGACCGGUCUAAACAGAGGGUGAGCAGAGGGAUGGAGGUGUCGGUUUUUCCUAGACUCGGUCCCCGACACCGUAAAGAAGGCAUAUGUUGCGUCAGUCGUCCAUGCACAGACUGUAAUAUUCCCCCACCUCACAAACUUUGUAAAUAGACCCAACGAAUAUUCAGUGUUACUGCCAUAUUUAUGUAGUGGAUAAACUCCAUAUACGUAUAAUGCUGUGUCGUAUUGGCCAAAUUCCCCCUUUUUUUAUUAUUUUUUUUUUCUUUUCCUUCAGUUCUUUUUAAAUGUGGGUGAAUUUCCAAGAAAAAAACAAAUAAAACGGAGCGUUGCAAAGUGCUGCAGGGUGGGACCGAGAUCUGUUCUUGCAAAUUUUGUUUGUUUAUCCUGUAAAUAUAUCUAUCGUUUUAUUAAAGCAUGUGCAGCAACAAAGUGAGCUAUGCCGAAGUUCCACCACAUCUUGUAUUUAAAUGUUGGGCGUGUGUGUGCGUGCGAGUGUGUGUGUGUGUGUGUGUGUGUGUGUCUGUGUGACAGAGACAGGAAGGGAUUUGUUCAUGCAUAAUAAAUCAGUUUGGUUAAUAAUG